AUGGCAAUUAAGGAAACUUCGGUGAUAAGUGUUGGGUAUCCUAUCCUUGCUACCAAAUUCAUCAAUAAUAAGACAAUUUUAGUCAUUGGUGGUGGUGGUGAAGGAAACAAUGGAGUACCUAAUAAAAUCACUGCUAUAAAAUGCAGUUUUAAAGUAACUGAUAAGAGUAGGAUUUUACAGCGAUUCCGUGAGAUUACUUUACCCUCCAAUGAGGAUUCGCCGCAGUGUGUUGAUAUUAUUCGUACUUUGGACUCUGAUGAAAAGUCAUACGGUGUUUAUGUUGGUUGUAAUCAAUCCAGUCAAUUGAUGCUGUCAAUGGGUAUCAACAAUAAUUUACGAAAGUAUUCCUUCACUCAUGAAGAACAUUUGAGGUUUUUAGAUGCUGCACAGAUGGAACCAACUACUCCUGGAAUUGAUGAUUUCCCUAAAAUCGUUAGAUUAUCACCACAUGGAACGGUUGGAUGUUUGAUGACAAGUACAGUACCUUCUUCCAUCUAUGUUUUCAAUCCAGAUUCAUUAGAUUUAAUUCACAAACUCAAACCUACUCCUGACCAGGAAAUUAAAGACUUCACGUUGGAUACAAACGAUGACGAGGGGAACGUAAUGGCUUACAUUACUUCCAAGUCGAUUGAAACUGUGAUAACGAAAACCGGUCAAUCUAUUUUCUCCUCUUCCAAGUUGAAGAAUAAGAAUCAAUUGGAAAUGUAUUCUUUAGCUAAAGUCAGAUUUAGUCAAACAGGACAAGAGUUGAUUAUUGCAGGUACUAAUAAAAAAGAUAAAUCAGCAGUUGUUAUUCUAUAUUCAUUGAAAUUGGGUAAAAUAAUUAGGACUUCAAAAGUUUCCAAGAAAUUUGGUGUUAUUGGUGCCAUGGAUGUUUCCUUUGCAGCCAAUUUGAUUGCUGUUGCUGGUAACAAUCUUUCCGUUGUUCUUAUUCGAUUAUCUGAUUUAAAAGUAAUUGAAACUUUUGAACAAUUGCACCCAUUUGCUAUUACUGAUGUGGCAUUCUCUCCAAAUGGCCACAAGUUGGCUUCUGUUUCUGCCGCCCAAACACUUCAUGUAAUGAAGAUUCCACCAAAAUAUGCAAAGGGAAAAUCAACAAUUGGAACAGUCUUUGGAUAUUUAUUUACAAUUAUAUUCAUGGCCAUUGCAGCAUUUUUAAUCCAAGCAGCUUACGACGGUGGAGAACUUGAUCAACUCAUUGCUCUUUCACAACAAUACAGCAAAGAAUGGGGGAAGCUUUCCAAGGAUUUCUCAAUGGACAUUUCAAAGGAAUGGUGGACCCACUCUAAACAGUGGAGCGAAGUUGGUAUUGUUUAUGCCAAUGACUAUGGACAUAAGGGAUGGAAAUUGGCCCAAGUUUAUGGGAAGGUUGGCUUACAGUAUAGUAAGAAAGGUUUAGCGUUGGCAGAUGUUUAUGCCCAUCGUGGGAUUGAUAUCAUCAAGGAAAAGCUUAAGAAGGACAAGGUGAGUGAUAACGACGAAGACUUUUUCAAGGUAGAUGAUUGGGAUGCAAAGACUCAUGAAAUAACUGGUAAAGAUGAUACAUAUAUGAAAGUUGAAACAAAUACCCCAUCUUCUGAAGAAAUUGAACAAGAGCAAGGAUUCAAAUACGAAACUACGGUUUUAGAUGAUGUUAGUAUUCAAAGAAUGACAAAGGAUAUCCACGAAUAUACAAAAGACAACCAGAGCAUUGAUACCGAAUCCUUGUUGAAUAAUCCUGACAUUUAUGAAACAAAAAUUGUGACCAAGGCAGCUUCUUCCAUCGAGUUAGUUGAACCUUCACAAAUCGCUAGUGAUCCAGUGGAGUCGGUAUCAUCUGAACUUAAGACUGAGACUAUCGUGGAGUCAUCAUUUGAAGUUAAGUCUGAAACUACCAUAGAAUCUAUUGCAUCCAUAGAAUCGUCUACUGCACAUGAAGAGUCAACGGUUUCCAAAAAAUCUAUCAAUGCCGAAGUUUCUGCAACAGUUGUUUCUCAAAAGCCUGUUGCUUCCAAAGUACCAAUUGAAUCAGUAGUUUCCGAAGCAGUUGAGUCGGUAGUUUCCAAAGCAGUUGAUUCUGUUGUCUCCGAAAAACCAAUUGAAUCUCCAGUUUAUGAAGAGCGCAUCGAUUCUAAAGUAUCCGAGGAACCUUCCUCUACCGAGACUACAUCUACAGAUUCAACUGUGAACGUAUCAUCGUCGUCCAUAAGUAUUGAAGUUGAGAAGUACCCUGAUAUCAACGAGCCCAUUGAUGUCAACACAAAACUUGACAAGGAAGUCAAAGACUUUUCAAAGAGAGUCGAAGUAGAAGAAAGCAACAUUUCUGAAGGUACAAGUGCCUCUGAAAUUGAACAAGAGUCUUCUGUCACUUCCAGUAAAGUUGAGAGAAUAGUAGAAGACUCUUCCACGGAAUCCGUUUCAACCAAGAUUCCAGAAUUAUCAACAGUUGAAGUACAAUCUACAGCUUCGGAAAAAUCUGAACCAGAGCUUGAGUCCACUUCGUCUACUACUGAGACAGUAGCUACUGAAUCAGUUCCAAGGGAAUCAUCUGUUGUUGAUCCCGCGAUUGAAGUGGAGUCAGUGGAGAAGGCCUCCCAAGCUAGUAUUUCAGCCAUAGUCGAUGAUCCUCAACCAUAUAUGUACAAUCCUGAAACUGUGGAAGAAGAUACUGAAACUUCCAUCUCAUCAGAAUCCACUAUUGAAGCAGUUGAAUCCCAACACUCAAGCUCACCAUCGGAGCCUUCAAAACUGUUAUCUGAGACUUCCAGCUCUCCAUCGGAAGAGACUUCCAGGUCAUCAGAGCCUUCAACAUCGCUGCCUUCCAGCUCUCCAUCGGAAGAGACUUCUAGCUCUUCAUCGGAAGAGACUUCCAGCUCUUCAUCGGAAGAGACUUCCAGCUCUUCAUCGGAAGAGACUUCCAGCUCUUCAUCGGAAGAGACUUCUAGCUCUUCAUCGGAAGAGACUUCUAGCUCUUCAUCGGAAGAGACUUCUAGCUCUCCAUCGGAAGAGACUUCCAGGUCAUCAGAGCCUUCAACAUCGCUGCCUUCCAGCUCAUCUCAGGACAAGUUUGAAAGAGAACAAACUUCAUCGUCUCAAACAGAAGCGUCCGUUCCUCCUGUGUCCAGUGAGGAAAAGGAAUUAUCUACGACUCCAACUAUUGAAUAUUCUUCUCUGACAGUUGUGGAAACUCUUCGUGAGACUCAAACCAAUGCUCAGGGCCAGAGGCAAGUGAUCCAUAAAGUUAUCACCAAGAUCAGAAAGUAUCCAAUUCUGACUAGACAAGUUGUCCAUGACGAACUUUGA